UAGCCUGGCCUAUAUCUUCGACAUCUCGUGCUCCAGUCCUUCAUGAUCCAUACGUGCAAUACAGCUUGUUUUGAACACUCGGCAGUACUCUUUGCAUAAUUUGCAUCUACUGCAGGCUGCAGACAGAAGCAGGAAGUUCUUCAUGCAGUUUUCUGCCAUGCCCAAUUGGCUCGAAUGAUCAUCCAGUAGCAGUGGUGCAGGUUUCUCCAGCAUCGUGCAUUGGUCUGUAAGCUGUCGUAAUCUCCCGAAGCUGACGAACCAAGUCAUCUGAAAGUGCUGCUUUCCAAAACAUAGCGGCAGCAGCAACUGCUCCUGGCCAGUUCAGCAUCAUGACGAGGGAUUGGCGAUUUCUGCUUAGCAUGUUUCUGGCUGCUUCGACACUGGUGGUACACGUACAAUGUACUUACGGCGUCGGAGGUGGUCUCAUGGUCGGGUUCUAUGAUGGUACGUGUCCAAGCGCCGAAGCGCUGGUUAAGGCAACGGUAGAAAGUGCUAUAGCCAGCGACAAAAGGAAUGGAGCUGGUCUAGUGCGCACAUUCUUUCAUGACUGCUUCGUUGAGGGCUGCGAUGCGUCCGUGUUGAUUGACUCCACCCCCGACAACUCAGCUGAGAAGGAUGGCCGUCCGAAUCUCACUUUGCAUGGAUUCGAAUUCAUAGAUAUGGCCAAGGCCAGCAUCGAGGCAGCAUGUCCAGGCGUAGUUUCCUGCGCUGACAUUGUCGCAAUCGCUGCCCGAGACAGUGUGCAUUUACUCGGAGGCCCAUACUACGAAGUGAAAACGGGUCGUCGCGAUGGACGAGUCUCGCUUGCCUCCGGAACUUCGGACAUCCCAAAUCCAAUAGACGACCUAGCGACUCUGACAAGCUCUUUCGCGAAAAAGGGGCUCUCUCAAUCACAAAUGGUCUCUCUCUCAGGCCUACACACAAUCGGUAAGGCCACAUGCGGAGCAUUCACAAACCGUCUGUACAACUUCAGCAGCACGGCGUCGACCGAUCCGACACUGGAUGCCGAGUACGCAGAGCAACUGAAAGCAGCGUGCCCGCCAGGGUCCGAAACCGGAACCACAGUGGUAGACAUGGACGUCGCAACGCCAGAACUCGUCGACAAUCAAUACUACGUGGGUCUAGUAGCACACAAAGGGCUGUUUACCUCGGACGAAGUGCUGUACACUUCCGCCGAAACCCAGCCUCAGGUGCUCCGCAACGCACAAAGUGCUUACUCGUGGACGAGCGAGGUCGUCAGGGACCUUACGGCCAUGGGAGACGUCGAGGUCAAGACCGGCAGCAAUGGCGAAAUCCGCCUGAACUGUCGUGUCAUCAACCCUUAAGCAAAUGCUGCUCUUCUCGAUCGAUCCGCGGGCCAGUCGAGAGCCCUUCCCUUCUCAGUUAUGCCCGAUACCCGUUCGUUUGGCGUCCGUCCUCGUUUGGAAGGCGGCCAUUUAAAAGAGUUCGAAGAAUUCAAAUUUUUUGCGUCCUUCCGAUGACUCCUAGUUUCAAAGUCUUUUUGUUUAAGGAAAUUCAUUAAUAUUUUUAUAUAUAAAAUUCAUAUAGUCAUAU